AUGGACUCGGCCGCAGUAGCGAUGGAGGUUCCCCACCAUGACGCACCCGUGUCGCUGAAGAAGAGCCGUACCGCGGCUCUGGAGGCUAUGGAGGACAUCGUCUACGGAUCGGUCGCCGGCGUUGUCGGAAAAUACAUCGAGUACCCCUUCGACACGGUCAAGGUCCGCCUCCAAUCCCAACCCGACAACCAGCCCCUCCGCUACAAGGGCCCGAUCGACUGUUUUCGCCAGUCCUUCAAGGCUGAAGGCUUCCGCGGCCUAUACCGCGGUAUCAGCGCACCGCUCGUCGGAGCCGCGCUCGAGAACAGCAGUCUGUUCUUCUUCGAACGGAUCGGUCGCGCCGCCGUAUACCAGUCGGGCUGGACGCCCCAAGGCCAGGAGCUGUCACUCUCAGCCCUGUGGUUCACCGGUGCCUUCUCCGGCUUCUUCACUUCAUACGUCCUGACGCCCGUCGAACUCGUCAAGUGCAAGAUCCAGGCCCCUGCCGGCGCCGACGGCUUGGGGGCACCACAACAGCUGCGCCCGCUGUCUGUCGUCCGCGAUAUCUACCGCCACCAAGGCAUGAGGGGCUUCUGGCAUGGACAGAUGGGUACUCUGAUCCGCGAGUCGGGCGGCUGCGCUGCAUGGUUCGGCAGCAAGGAGACGGUUACGAAGAUGUUCAACGUGCUCAACGCCAGGUCGGCCAAGACGCAAGUAGAGAAGGACGCCUUGGUUGGGAAGCCACUACCGCUGUGGCAACAGGCGCUGGCGGGCGCCUCGGGCGGUGUGUCAUACAACUUCCUCUUCUUCCCGGCCGACACGAUCAAGUCGCGCAUGCAGACGGCAGCUAUCGGCGACGCAGCGCUGAACCGGUCAUUCUGGCAGGAAGGCGCGGCCGUCUGGCAGCAACACGGCUUGAGGGGUCUGUACCGGGGCUGUGGCAUUACGUGUCUUCGCUCGGCGCCCAGCUCGGCCUUCAUUUUCAUUGUUUUUGACGGCCUCAAGCGACAUUUCCCUCUGCAGUAG